AUUGAUCACAAUAUCAUUUUCACCAACUUAUACAGUUAGUUGAUGGCUAUCACCAAAACUAGCUGUUCCACCAAGUUAAUCCGAUCACUUGCUUGCCAUUUCAACUCACCAUCUCCAUCCAUUGCCGCUACUCACUUUCGUUUCGCUCAAAGAACAACCAUCAACACAACAACAACCAUCUUCCCACCACAACAACAGGAAUUUCAAAAAAUCACUGACAACUGGGAAUACAACUUUGCAGACACCAAAGGCCUAUACUCAUCUGUCAAAACAUGGAAACUGAUACACUCAACUGCGAACCUUAGUAUGGCUUCAGUUGAGCCUGUGGUGGAUUUAGGGAUGUGGGUCAUGAAUUCUAAGUUGAUGGAAGUUGGGUUGGUUAGAGACAUGGUGUUGGGUGUGAUCAAACAUAGUGUUUAUCACCACUUUGUUGCUGGUGAAGAUACUUAUCAAGCUGGUCAGACAGUUAAGAAGUUGUGGGAGUGUGGUUUAAGGGGUAUGUUGGAUUAUGGUCUUGAACAUGCAGUCAAUAAUGAAUCUUGUGAUGUAAAUACUCAACAGUUUGUUAAAACUGUUGAAUCCACACAAUCUCUUCCUCCAUCUUCUGUUAGUUAUGUAGUUGUGAAGAUAACAGCUCUUUGCCCAAUCUCAUUAUUAAAGAGAGUGAGUGAUCUUCUUAGAUGGGAAUACAAAAAUUCGUCUUCUUUUCUCCCCUGGAAGCUAAAUACCCUUCCCAUAUUUGCCGAAUGCAGCCCUUUCUACCACACGUUAGAGAAACCAUCCCCUUUGACAUCAACAGAGGAGCUUGAUCUAGAAUUGGCCCACAAAAGGCUAACAACAAUAUGUGACAAGGCAUUAGAAAGCAAUGUGAAUGUGGUCAUUGAUGCAGAGGAUACUUCUAUUCAGCCGGGUAUUGAUUAUUUCACAUAUUCGGGUGCAAUCAUGUAUAACAAAGGACAAAAGCCCUUGAUUUCUGGGACCAUUCAAGCGUAUUUGAAAGAUACGGGUAAGAGGCUGUAUGAGACCAAGAAAGCUGCUGAUAGAAUGGCAUUGCCAAUAGGGUUUAAGAUUGUUAGAGGAGCUUAUAUGUCUAGCGAACGGAUUUUGGCUAGUUCUCUUGGUGUUGAGUCUCCCAUUCACAAUAGCAUCAAUGACACACACCAUUGUUUCAAUGAGUGUGCCUCAUUCAUGUUAGAUGAGGUCUCUAGUGGCCCUGGUGGGCUAAUCCUUGCUACUCAUAAUCUUGAAUCAGGAAAAUUGGCAGCCCGAAAGGCCCGCGAUUUGGGAAUUGGUAAAGAUAGUGAUAAGCUUGAGUUUGCCUCACUUUAUGGAAUGGCAGAUGCAAUGAGUUUUGGAUUGAGAAAUGCAGGGCAUAGAGUGAGUAAGUACUUGCCAUUUGGGCCUGUUGAUGAGAUCAUGCCUUACCUUCUGAGACGAGCAGAGGAAAACAAAGGGCUAAUAUCAUCUUCAUAUCUUGACAGACAUCUCAUGAUGAAAGAGCUGAAAAGGAGAAUAAAAGCUUAUGUUGGGCAAGGCUUGGCAGAAGGAGGGAGCAAAUUUAAAACACAAGCAAGCUUAUGUUGGGCAAGGCUUGGCAGAAGGAGAGAGUAAUUUUACUCUCGGCCUUCUGCUUCUAAACCUUGUUGCCAUGUUGUUCCAAGGAUGUAUAUCAAUUAAUAGGAGCGUAGGAAGUCUUGAUGAUAAUAAAAGAAAAACGCA